CUUAACUCAGCCACUCACUGGCGUCAAACUGUCAGCACCCAGAACAUCACCUCGUAUCUCCCAACCCAGUUCAGACUUAUACGGACAUGCCUCUGCCCGCGCGGGACGUCUGGCCGAACAUGCAAAGGAAACUCCAUCACCACUGUCAUCACGAUGGCGGGUGCAGAGAUGGCGGUGGGAGGGCUCUCGCUCGGACUGCAGGUUUGCAAAGGUCUCAUCACAUAUUUGGACGAUGUCAAGGGCGCAGAUGAACAGAUUGCAGAGGUGGAAAAGCGGAUGGAAAAGUUGGCUGCUCAUCUGGAGAGCGUGGAGUCUGUUGUACAGAAAAUGGAAGCGUCUGCUGGACGAAGAGAAAAGAAUGCGGGUUGGGUUAUGGUGUGUAAGGACGCGCUGGAGAAGACAAAGUCGAAGUUCUCGGUGCUAACGGGAGAGGGAGGGGGAACCAAUGGAUCGGGAAGUGGAAAGACGACGUUCAGUGUGAGAAUGAAGACUUGGAAGAAAAGGUUAUUGUUCCCUCUCAAGCAAGGGGACUUCAAAUUCUGCAAGGAGGUUAUUGGAAGCAUACAGCAGGAUCUGAAUACGGCUUUGGCUAUACUUAUCUCAGAGCAACAAGCGUACAGCGCCGAUGCCAUCAAGACGCAAUUGGCCAUGCAAUCGGAGGUACUUGAGCAGAUCCACAAUAAAAACGAGUCGUAUCAGCAAGUUAUCGUCCCUGCACUACGCGACCAUUGCACCUCGAUCCAGUCUGCAGUUCAUCGCAUUUCGGCAGACAACACUGACGUCUUAAGGUCAGACAUCAGUGAAGUACGAACCGCAAUUAACCCCUUGACCGGACGUAUGGAACAGUUAUCCCUCGACGUCUCAACAGUUCGAAGUAUCCUUGAAAACCAGAUCACCGACGUCAAUCUUCAGCGACUCUUCCCAAAAGGGCCUCAAGACGAAUUUGCCAAGUAUGCCGACGGCUCGCAGCGUAUGGAGCAGGCCCAAAUACCCAACGACAGUCCCUCCAAGAGGAAAGGAAAGACGAAAAACACGAACAGCUUGGCCUUUCCACAAAAUCUAUCCUGCACCUGCCAUACCCGCUCGCAAACAACCGUCUACCUCAGCCAAGCCCUUCAUCUCUCCCACACGCUCACGACCCUCCACCACCCGCCUUGCCCCCUCUCUACCCUCCCCUCCACCUCUACCAUGAGCAACCUGCAUCUCCGCUUCUCCCUCUGCAGCCUCGCUCUAAAACGCAAAAUCCACUUCGCCAUCGCCCUCUCCCGCGGCCUAGGCAGCACAUCCUUGCUUCCCGCACUGAGGAGUUAUCGAGUCGUCGACGCGAAGACCUCACCAGCGUUCCGCCUCAUGGCCACUUUUGGCCGCAGGAUUGGUGAUCGGCCGGACGAGCGGGCGUGGGAAGUGGUUGCGCGGAAGUUGUGGAAGGUGUUUGAGGAGGGCAAGGCUAGUCCGUAUGAUAGGUUGGCGAAUGGGUGGAGUUUGCUGCAUGUGAGUUCCCCUGGUCAUGUUAGCAUUUUUCUCUAGUGGGACAGUGCCCGUGGGGGACAUCAGUGUCAUCGAAGAUGAGACAGGGGUUUUUUGGACUAUGCUAACGUGGGCUCAUGUUCCCAGUUUCUCUGUUCGAAGAUGAAGUGGCGCCUCAUGGAGGAAAGUCAAUGGCAGAUGGACAAUUAUAGGUCCAUGGCGCUGAAGCUACUGGAAUUGAUGCCAAACGAGGCUUUGGAGAGGGAUGAUGAUG